CUCACGUUUUUUCGUCUUCUUCAUUGCUCCGUUCCUAUUUCUCCAUUAAAACUCUAGAACUUUCCACAAAGAGAGAGAGAAAAAGCAGAAGCAGAGGGAAAAAUCAGUUGAGUUUUGGGAAUCGGAGGCGGUGGAAUUGUGGAUUCGGAGCGGCAGAAUUGUAAGUGCUGUAUGUCAGACGACUACUACUACUAUUACAGUGACAAGUAUUACGGCGGUUACAGUGAACUCGCGAAUCCAUUGCAAUGGCCUCAACUCAGGAAAAGGCGACGGCUUCUUCCCCUUCACGAAAUGCUUCAGCCGCUCAGUUUUCGCCGGAAUGGACUGCCGCCGGAACCGUAGCUGAAAUUUCCGAUCGUUCCUCUACCACCAGAUCAGCGGCCAACGCCAAAACCACUGCCACUGCUGCUGUUGCUGUGAUCGACUCCAUUGAUCGUCCUUCUCUGCCAAAUGCUCCUGCCGUUAAAGGACUGCCUACCUUAUUGAGGGCUCAAAGUCACCAUCCCUUGGACCCCCUAACUGCUGCUGAAAUUGCCGUGGCUGUUGCAACUGUCAGGGCAGCUGGCAGUACUCCUGAGGUGAGAGAUAGCAUGCGCUUUGUCGAGGCUGUUUUGGUGGAACCAGACAAGAGUGUGAUUGCUUUAGCUGAUGCAUACUUCUUCCCUCCUUUCCAACCAUCUUUGUUGCCGAGAACGAAAGGUGGGCCUGUAAUUCCUAGUAAACUUCCUCCAAGGAAGGCUAGACUAAUUGUUUAUAAUAAGAAAUCAAAUGAGACCAGCAUAUGGAUUGUUGAGCUCUCGGAGGUUCAUGCUGUGACUCGAGGAGGCCACCACCGCGGCAAAGUCAUUUCAUCUAAGGUUGUGCCUGAUAUACAGCCUCCAAUGGACGCUGCUGAAUAUGCUGAAUGUGAAGCUGUUGUGAAGGAUUUCCCUCCUUUUCGUGAUGCAAUGAAGAAGAGAGGAAUCGAUGAUAUGGAACUUGUGAUGGUUGAUGCCUGGUGUGCAGGUUACUUCAGCGAGGCUGAUGCACCUAACCGCCGUCUAGGAAAACCUCUAAUCUUUUGCAGAACUGAAAGCGACUGUCCAAUGGAAAAUGGCUAUGCUCGACCAGUUGAAGGAAUUCAUAUACUGGUUGAUAUGCAGAAUAUGGUUGUGAUAGAGUUUGAAGAUCGUAAAGUGGUUCCGUUACCACCAGCUGAUCCAUUGAGAAAUUACACUCCUGGUGAAACGAGAGGAGGGGUUGACAGAAGUGAUGUUAAACCUCUUCUUAUAAGUCAGCCUGAAGGUCCUAGCUUCCGUGUCAGUGGGCACUUUGUUGAAUGGCAGAAGUGGAACUUUCGUAUUGGUUUUACCCCCAGGGAGGGUCUGGUUAUCUAUUCUGUUGCAUAUGUUGAUGGUAGCAGAGGCCGUAGACCUGUUGCGCAUAGGCUGAGCUUCAUUGAAAUGGUAGUCCCCUAUGGGGAUCCAAAUGAGCCACAUUACAGGAAAAAUGCUUUUGAUGCAGGGGAAGAUGGGCUUGGUAAAAAUGCACAUUCCUUAAAGAAGGGUUGUGAUUGCUUAGGCUAUAUUAAGUAUUUCGAUGCGCAUUUUACAAACUUCACAGGUGGUGUUGAGACAAUCGAAAAUUGUGUCUGCCUACAUGAGGAGGAUCAUGGAAUCUUAUGGAAGCAUCAAGAUUGGAGAACAGGUUUAGCUGAAGUACGACGUUCGCGACGGCUAACAGUGUCUUUCAUCUGUACUGUCGCAAACUAUGAAUAUGGAUUUUACUGGCACUUUUAUCAGGAUGGGAAAAUCGAGGCUGAAGUUAAGCUGACUGGAAUUCUCAGCUUAGGUGCCCUUCUACCUGGGGAAGUUCGAAAAUAUGGGACAACUAUUGCACCUGGCUUGUAUGCACCUGUACAUCAGCACUUCUUUGUGGCUCGCAUGGAUAUGGCUGUUGAUUGCAAACCAGGGGAAGCACAUAAUCAGGUGGUUGAAGUAAAUGCAAGAGUUGAGCCACCAGGAGAAAAUAAUGUUCACAAUAAUGCGUUUUAUGCUGCAGAGAGAUUGCUUAGAACUGAAUUGGAAGCAAUGCGUGAUUGUAAUCCUCUAACUGCUCGCCAUUGGAUUAUCCGGAAUACAAGAACAGUCAAUCGCACGGGGCAGUUAACUGGUUACAAGCUAGUACCAGGUACAAACUGUCUGCCACUAGCUGGAUCAGAGGCAAAAUUCUUGAGAAGAGCUGCUUUCUUAAAGCAUAAUCUUUGGGUCACCCCUUACUCUGGUGAUGAGAUGUUUCCUGGAGGAGAAUUUCCUAAUCAAAAUCCUCGUGUUGGUGAGGGAUUGGCUACUUGGGUUAAGCAGAAUCGAUCCCUGGAAGAAACACAGAUAGUUCUUUGGUUAGUCCAUCCUCCUUGAUACAGAUUAAAGAUCUUAUGGCAACUAAAAGUAUGCUAGUUGAUAUGAUAAACUGCAUAAAUACAUAUUUUAUCCUGUGUUUUGGCCAUUCUCAUGUGUCACAUUUGUAAUUUCAAUGGCUAUCAUCUGAAGAAAGAACUUCACAAUGACAAGACUUGCAAAAGAGGAACCACUGAAAAAUAUGCUGUUAACAUGCA